GAUCCCUCCUCACGUAAUGUGUUGCUCACAGCAUCAAACUUCAAGUCUAUGUUCGUGACCAGGAUUCAAACCAGAGGCUAUAUAGAUCCAGGAGACAAUCAACACCCCCCCUCCCAAAAAAAAAAAAAAAAAAAAAAAAAAAGUCACACUUCAGGGGCGCCAUUCAGUAUCAAACCUGCAGACUGCCUGCAGACGGGGUCCGCUCCACAAAUAUGCAGCACCGGUGGAGGUGCCCCCCCCCCCCCGACUCAUCCGUGCGCAAUGAUAAUAAACAGACAAGGCUUGGUGUAAAUGACAGCGAAUCAUACUUACUUCAACAAAGGCAAGGUCACCUUGAUUCGGAUCUGGUGGAGAACUGAAGCUCGGGUCUGUGUUUUUUUUCCUCCUGCUUGGAGUGUACCAAAGAGCGCAGCAGCCUCUCCUUCCUUCAGGACUUAAUUUGGUGGUAAAUUCACUUUGGUUUGUUUCCCUCCUUUGGACUGCACCUGUUCACCUGGAUACACACAGUCACGGGUCUCGGGAGUGAUGGCGGCGUCUGCACCCUCCUCCUCCUCCUCCGGCGGCGAACCGGAUCCCAACUCGGCAAAUUUACGACCACCGGGCUCAAGCUAUGAUGCUUGGUGUGGAGUUGCUCAUGGAUGUACUAGAAAACUGGGAAUGAAGAUAUGUGGAUUUUUGCAGAAGAAUAACAGCCUGGAGGAGAGGAGCAGGAUUGUGAGUUCCUUCAAGGAGCGCGCAGCCAAGAACCUGCUGUCCUGCGAUAACAUCGGCGGAGAUGCGCGUUUCAGACGCACGGAGACGGAUUUCUCCAACCUGUUCGCCAGAGAUCUGUUGCCUGCCAAAAAUGGGGAGGAACAGACCAUACAGUUCUUGCUGGAGGUCGUGGAAAUCCUCACCAACUACAUCCGAAAGACCUUUGACAGAUCCACCAAGGUCCUGGACUUCCACCACCCCCACCAGCUGCUGGAGGGCAUGGAGGGCUUCAACCUGGAGCUCUCUGAUCAGCCUGAGUCUCUGGAGCAGAUCCUGGUGGACUGCAGGGACACCCUGAAAUAUGGAGUGAGGACAGGUCACCCCAGGUUCUUCAACCAGCUGUCCACUGGAUUAGACAUCGUUGGGUUGGCAGGAGAGUGGCUUACCUCUACAGCCAACACUAACAUGUUUACCUAUGAGAUCGCCCCUGUCUUUGUACUCAUGGAGCAGCUCACACUGAAAAAGAUGAGAGAGAUCAUUGGCUGGCCUGAUGGAGAGGGUGAUGGAAUAUUUUCUCCAGGAGGAGCAAUCUCCAACAUGUACAGUGUGAUGAUUGCCAGAUACAAGUUCUUCCCUGAAGUUAAGACCAAAGGCAUGGCAGCUGCACCCAGACUGGUCCUCUUCACCUCAGAGCAUAGCCACUAUUCCAUCAAGAAAGCCAGUGCAGCUCUGGGCUUUGGAACAGAAAACCUGAUCCUCUUGAACACAGAUGAGAGAGGGAGAGUCAUUCCUGCUGAUUUGGAAGCCAAAGUAAUAGAGGCCAAGCAAAAGGGGUACGUUCCGAUGUUUGUGAAUGCCACCGCUGGCACCACUGUCUACGGAGCCUUUGACCCCAUCAAUGAAAUCGCAGACAUCUGUGAAAAGUACAACAUUUGGCUCCACGUGGAUGGUGCCUGGGGAGGAGGUUUGCUGAUGUCCAGGAAACACAGACACAAGCUGAAUGGAGUGGAGAGGGCCAACUCAGUCACCUGGAACCCCCAUAAGAUGAUGGGAGUGCCACUGCAGUGCUCUGCUAUUCUGGUCAGAGAGAGGGGAUUACUACAAGGCUGCAACUCCAUGUGUGCCGGCUACCUCUUCCAGCCAGAUAAACAGUACGAUGUUACAUAUGACACAGGCGACAAGGCCAUUCAGUGUGGACGGCACGUUGAUAUCUUUAAGUUCUGGCUUAUGUGGAAGGCAAAGGGAACAAUAGGAUUUGAGCAGCAUAUUGACAAGUGCCUGGAUCUGUCAGCAUAUCUCUACAAUAAGAUAAAAAACAGAGAGGGAUACGAGAUGGUGUUUAACGGAGAGCCGCAGCACACCAAUGUCUGCUUCUGGUACAUUCCACCGAGCCUGCGAGGUUUGCCUGAUAGUGAAGAGAGAUGGGAGAGGUUGCACAAGGUGGCCCCAAAGAUCAAAGCCAUGAUGAUGGAGUCUGGGACUACAAUGGUGGGUUACCAGCCUCAAGGAGACAAGGUCAACUUUUUCCGCAUGGUCAUCUCCAACCCUGCUGCUACCAGGUCAGACAUUGACUUCCUGACUGAGGAGAUCGAGCGACUGGGGCAUGACUUGUAAGAGCCACACCUGUAUUGUAAAUCCACCACUCCCCCACCCCCCGAAACAUUUAUCUUUUCUGACUCUGGAGAGCCUUGAGCUUGGCUUCAUGUCCCUUUUGUCUCAUACAGACAUUGAGAAUUUUGCUUACAGGUCUUUUCUGGCAAUGCACAACAUAAUAAUAUGCCCCGUGUGUCUCUUCUCUGUCUCUUCUGUCUUUAGCAGCAAUGAUGUAUGUGUAAAACAUUUGCACAGCAGGUUAUCUGAGUUAAAAGGACGUAAGUCAAAGCUUGAGAGAAUCACAUUAGCACACUGGUAUUCUUGCUAAGUCAUAUGUUAAAUGUGGAACAAACAUAUAUAUAAUGUCAGUGUGAUGAUGACGUUAACACAGGUUUGUUUGCACAUAAAUAUCAAAGAGCAAGAAUACCUGAGUAUGUGGACGAUUCUGUCAUAGCAGCUAUAAAAGUCAUUUUACUGUUGUACUAUAUGAAGAUCAGCAUUAAAAACAGAAUGAGAUCAAAAUAUUUUUUCACAAGUAACAGAGCACAAUGUAGGGAACCGUACAGCAUCAACAUAAAUAGUAUUAAUGUAAAAUAUAUACAGUAUAUGAUGUUCUGACUGUUGGUGCUCCAUGUCGUCUUAUGUAAUUAUCAAGCCAGAUGCACCGCCAUAUUGUACCCUAGCUGUUACUUCCCUUUGAUAUUGCGUAAGUGGGAACAUAUAACACAGUCAUCGUAACAGGUUCUGUACUUGAGUGCUGUGUUUUUAGAGAUUUUUGUGUAGAUUGUGUAUAGUAUUGUUACAUUGCCUUUGUGCCAAAUGUGUCGAAGUUUUACAGUGAGAAAAAUUCUAUGUGUAAAUCAACCAUACGGUAUAGUAUGUAAUAGAAUAAUCACUUUAUUUAUAUUGAGAGAUUAUAAUUGUGAAUGGGUUAUCUGCUAUUCUGUCCCAUUUGUAAUGUAUCCUCCUUCAUAUUUUGGAACCCUGCUGUAUUAUAUCACAAUGUUUUUAAUAACAUUGGAAGUCUUUUAGUGUAUUUGUGAACCAAAGAAGGGUUCAGUUGCAUUUAUGAACAUGUACAUGGCCCUCAUUCUCCCUUAUGGAUGAAUUCAGAGGUUUAUAUAAGAAUACUUAACGUACCGCCCUUAACUUUAGUGCAAUCUAUGUUGUGUAACUGUGCAAUGUCAUUGUGAUUCACUGACUGAAUGUUGUCCAGACACUUGACUAGAUGUGGGAGGCUUGACUGGCAGUGCCGCUGCUACUGCUGGUGCUUUAAGAAUAAAAAGCACAAUGCUAAACCAUGAUCAUGGGGCAGCAUAUAUUCUAGGGACAUAUGAUUGUCUGUAUUAUAAUGUGUUUAGUGGAGUAAAACUAUAAUAUGCAAAAUUUAGUUUUGUCUUAACAUGCUCACUCUAGGCACACGUUUAUGUUGAGAAAAACAAUGUGAGAAACUGGGAUUAUUUAGUAUCAAGAAUUUUGCUUGAACAAUGAAAUGCACAGUGUUUGCUACUGUAAUAAGAUUUAUUGAAGAAUUGUACAUUCCUGAAUUAGCGGGAUGAAAUGUCCCUUGUCCAACUCAAUGUAGGCACUUUAACUUCUCGCCAUCAUUUGCAGAGUAUUACUGUUGUAACCACAGCGCUAAUAAAGACAUGAGCUGUAGAACAUCUGUGGGCACAAUUUUUGCAGUUUGUGAAAAAGGAACUUUACAAAUAAAUGUGUAGGGUGAAAAACACUGAUGUCAGAGCAUCUUGGAGAAGAUAAUCUUAACCUUUGCUUUUAGCAGACACUGCCAUUACUUCUUCCUUGUUUUUGUUUUUGAAUGGUUGUACUCUGAAAAGUACUGUCAACACCAAUCACAUAAUGAAUCACAAUGUAUUUGAACAUGUUUUACAGGUGGAGUCUCAGAGACUGGUUUCUGAAAUCAUGUUUAUAAGCAGUUCUCACAGAAUUAAGAAGGUUAUGAAGUAUCAAGGUCAUAAAAACAAUGUUAAGAAUGUUUUUUCUGAGCAGAUAAAGAGAGCCUGCAGUCUCUCAUUAUUCAUCAGUCACUGUCAAAGACAGGUUGAAUCCAUCAAAGUGGUGACAGUUAACAAAUGAGAAGACUUUCUCUGUACUGGUAUCCAACCUUUACACAAAUAUAUGCAAAAUAGAUUCAAUAUAUGGAGAAAAAUUUACAGUGCAGUAAAAUAAUUAAUUGACAUGGUCUGUAUAAAAUCUUGCAGUAAAGGGUAAUUUUGGAGAAAAGUGCAUGUUUUCCAUUUAGAUUUGUCUUUUUUUUUUCAUACUUUCUUUCAAUCCACCUGGCUGUCACCAACCAUUGGUCAGAUUAAUCACCCUGGGGGGAAUUUUUAUUGGCUGAUCAUCUCACAGCUGAGAUUUCACGAGAGCCCUCCCGCCAAUUCCUUCGCUCCUCUCAUUACUCACACUUUUAAGAUAUUUAUCAUAAAAUGCAUUAGACUGUGCUCGCUUAACGUUUUUUUUUCCCAGAGGAGGCUAUUUCAAGGCUCUGCCUGGCUGCGUUUUAUUUCGACACAGUCAUAGAGCGACUGGCUGUUUCAGUGUCUCUCCUCCCAUCCUCCACAGGGCAGACGCUGUUUCUUUGUUUCAUGGUUGAGUGCAGCAAUCAUUACAGACUCUGUGUCACUGGCUGCUUUGUAAAGUUGCGGGGAACAGAGGAUUAAAGGAAUAACCACUUAUAAUGGGGUAAUAGAAAUGAAAUCCUUUGACUUCUAGCCACAUCUAAAAGGAGAGUGUUUUUUUGUUGUUGUUGUCACUGAAUCACUGAAGGUUAAACGUGCGAAAGCGUAAUGACACGGCUAAUUUGGAGGCAGGUGUUGGAGAAUUUUAUAAUGAUUAAAUGCAAAUGAAAUCAAGCCUUCAGCUCCUGUAGUUUGUCACAGUCUAGUAACUCUGGACAUGAAUGAAUGGCCACCCAAAGUUCAUAUAAUUAUCAGUCGGCCUAUUCAGAAUGAUGCAACAUUGUUCCAUCAAAUUAUUUAUAUUUACUAUAUAAUGGUAAAUUAAGUAUGGGAAUAGCAGCCUUUUGGCCAAUUUAGGCUGUAAAUCUAUACUUAAUAGUAUUUCAUCAAUAAUCAGUGUCACCAUCAAUUUUACUUCAGGGCAUAAAGAGGGGAUCAGGUCAGUGAAAUGAUAAGGAGCUGGAGCAGCUCUGUUUUUGCAGUAGCCUCUGUCUCUGGAGGGUGGGUGGGCUGGCUCUGAACACCAGACUGUGAAACACUUAUUGUCUGUCUCUAGCACUAGUCUGUUCACCCUCCAUUUCACACCUGGCACACACACACACACACACACACACACAAAGGAUUCAGCACUCAUUAUAAUGCUGCAAAUGAAACAAAGAGAGUCAAAUUUGUUGGGCUAAGUGCACUCUUGUGUUGAUUUCAUUUUCCAUGAUGGGCACUUUUUUCGUGAGUAUUUUGACGCUGAAGCAAAGUUUCCUCUUACACACAAUAGGUCACUUAUCCAUCUUUCCUUUCUUAAUUGUGUUACUCCUCUCUCCUAUGUAUCUAUGUUUCUUGUCAGUGGUUUCCUGAUGUGCCAAAUAUAUCUCCCGCCCCUGGGAAUCACUGCCACAUUAGCUUCCUGAUAGAUUCUGACAUUCCCAUUGUGUGAGGCAAGUCUAAUGAAAUGAUGAUGAUGAUAUUGACUGCAGGCUGCUUGCCAGCCCCCACCCCCCCUCUCUUCUCCACACACUGUUCAUGCACAUGUGCAGCUAUGGCAACAAUUUAGCCUGAAAACAAUUCUCUCUUUUUUAAUGUUUUACUUCUGAUUUACCUAACAAACCACAGUUUAACACUGGUAACAUUUCUGCUUUUAUGUUUGUUCAAUUUAAAGAUUAUUAAUCCUGUGUCCUUGUGUUUUAAAAUGUGUGUAUUUGCCUCCACAAUCUGUUCAUUUUGUUCUCAAAUUAAAGCUGAACAACAAGUGUGGUUGACAUUAAAAAACAGUGAUAACAGAAUCAA